UUUUGCUUCAAAAUGCGAAAUUUAUCAGUUUCUCAUCAGCUGAAAUUUUGCUUUUAUGACUUAAUUUCGUAUAGUAUCAUGUAAUAUUUACUUCGAUGUAUGUUGAUAUCAUUGAUCCAGAUUCAUUAAAAUGGAUGACAUAAAUAAGACUAAAAACGAGCUUAUAAAUCAUUGUUGGCGACGAUGCUAUCCUUAUGCCACAGUUAUUCAUCGAGAAUCAGAUCAGGAGACUCUGGACAGCAUUUCUGAUCGUCUAGAAGAAGCAAUGGAAUGUCAAGAUCCAGUUAUCAUCAUACGCUGUUUACAUGUUGGAGCAUUGAUCAAAGGAUGGAUGAAUUUUGGCAAUAUAGUUCGUCAGGCCUCAUCUGCCUCUUCGCUGGCUUCACUGAUCCUCAGUGUGUUUCGUCAAGAUUUAAUUCCCCAAGUCUUAGCCAUUAGUGGCUUAGUACUUUAUGUAAUACAUUGUUAUGUUUGGAAGUUUGAUAGAAGUUAUCAGUAUACUGUCUUGUCCGGAAGUAAAUUUCUGGAGGACGGCGACUUUGGAGAAGUCGUUCUCGUUAGAAAGCCAAGGACUGGGACAUUUUUACUGCGGACAGUAAUCGUAGCAAGUGCUUUAGCUAUCGCUGGAUAUUUUUAUCUGAAUGGGAAAACUUAACAUCUAUUAAAUGAUUACUGAUAAAUAUAAUUACUUUUAGAUCAAUAUAAAUUGAUAUUUUUAUUGCUUUCACCAUGCAAUCACACACAAGAGAAACAUCAUUGUAAGAACACUAAUGUAUUAUUAUGGAAAUGA